UGCUCCCGUUGGUGCGAUCCAUAAUAACACGCCAUAGCUCCCUGCUCCCUGGUAUUAUUACGGUUGCUUUGUCAGCAGCCACAACAAUAAAGGAAACCACAAUACUCUCGAGUAUAAAAGAUCAUUGAGAUGAUUGAGGUUGACGACUCUUUGAAAGUGUGCCUGGUGACGAUAUUGCUGGCGACAGCAAUUUCAGUGCACAAUGUUGGAUUGGUCAAGCUAGUAUCUGCUGUCAUCGGCAGGCUCCAAGUGAAGCGUCUGAUCAGCCAGCAGCAACCAAUAAGUAGUGAUGCUGAUUCCGACAAUAAGGAUGCGUCUGUCAGUGGAAUCUUUGUGUAUCCAGUCAAGUCUUUGCGAGCCGUCUCUUUGGACGAAGCAAGGAUUGAUGACAAUGGCAUUGUGGGGGAUCGACGAUUCAUGUUGGUCAUGCCACGACCUGUACCUCUCUUGGGAUCGUUUCGACCGGGAGAACCUACAUUUCAAUUUGUGACGCAACGACAAGUGCCCAAGCUGGCCACCAUUGUGGCGACACUGUCUGCAGAUUGCCUGACAUUGUCGUCCAGUGAUGAUGGUCAAAAAAAGGUAUCCGUCCAACUGAAUAUUGACGAGAAAGAGCGACCAUCCUAUAAAGCUAGAAUAUGGGACGACGUGACCACCGUGACGGACAUGGGGGAUGAUGCCGCCAAUUUCGUAGCGGGCGUCGUGGCCAAGGAUUCCGAUGCUCCUCCCAACGCCGCCAACGUGAGAUUGGUAUCCAUGUCGGCUGAAAAUCGACGAGAAACAGACGACAAGUACACACCGAAUGCGGCUCUUUCAUGGACCGGGGCAGCGCCCAAGGUGGGAUUGACCGAUGGGUUUCCCAUUUUGAUUGCCAAUACGGCAUCGCUCGAGGAACUCAACCGACGACUGGCCAAAAAGGGCAAGGAACCUAUACCCAUGAGUCGGUUCCGUCCCAAUAUUGUCGUGUCGGGUGCCAAACCGUUUGAAGAAGAUACCUGGAAAGUUAUUUCCAUUGGUGAUGGAGUGCUCCUUCACAUUGUCAAGGGAUGCCCACGGUGCAAGCAAUCUUGUACGGAUCAACAAACUGGGAAGGUAUCCGAGGAACCAUUGGAGACACUGGCGGAAUUUCGAGCACUGGGCCCUGUCAAGGAAAAUGUCUAUUUUGCACAAAAUGCCAUUGCCCAUACUGUGAGAGGCACGCUUUCUGUUGGAGCAAAAGUGCAUGUCUUGGAACGAGGGGAGCCUACUUGGGACUCGUCGUAA